AUGGUACGUUAUCCACAUUUGCCGAUAAAUCUGGACCUAAUCACGAGGCUGCCUGUGAGGACGGUGGUCGCCGUGGUGGUCACGGUCAUCUUCUUCAAGUUUCUGUUCUCGUGUCCGUGCACAGCUCCUGAGGAAACUGUGGUGCACUGCUGGCUGUAUCUGCUCCUUCCUGUGGGAAUCAUGUUCUUCGUCCUCAUGCUGCUGGACGCACAGCUGCUGAAGCUGUGUCAGUGUUAUGUGUGUAGGUGCUGUGUCCGAGCCGAGGCCAAGUGCUGCAGCAGCGAGUGCUGUGACACCUUUGAGUGCUGCUGUUGUGCCGGCGGCUACUGUUACCGCCCCACAGGCUUUGGCGAAGAGGGCUGGCAUUUCUGCGGUCUGAUAUGGAGGCAUUUGCUGAACGUGUUUUACGCGGCCGCCCUCUGGAUCGUGGUCGCCUUUAUCGACGGUGACUGGUACGUCUGCAUCCGCACGGUUGCUGUGAAUGGCACGGGAGAACAAAUCGCCUGCAAGGAUUUACCAACACCACAAGAGGCAGAAACUUUGAGAAAGUACAGCAGUGAGUCGCGGAUAAUUGGACUGAUUCUCAUUCUGGGGUUUUCACUCCUGUUGACAGUAAGUUCAUCUGUCAUGACCCGAUGGAAGCCGUAUUACAAGUCUCUCUUCGAGGUUUAUGUGGAGCAGGAGACCGCUGCCAUGCUGGAGGAAAAGCUGCAGGAGCAGGCUGUGCAAAGAGCCAAGCUGCUCAGUGAGAAUGUGUUAAGAUACAUCGAGAGUCAGCCUGUGAGCAGCAUGCAGGGAGAUGUGCGUCAGGGUCAGUACCAGCCAUUAGGGGCUGCAGAGGAGGAUGUUUGGCGGACAAUAUCACACCCAGCAUUCCACUUAGUAAAAGGAAAGACCCAUCCCUGAGUGUGAAAAUCUACACUUUGAUAGACUAGCAAAUUUUAUUUAUAUUUCAGAAAAAGCCAAAAGUUUUACUUAAUAUGUAAUUCUUUUCUAAUUUUUCUAAUUUGUAUCCUAUGUGUGAUCUGUGCAUGAGGAGGGAAAGGUGUGGCAGUAACUAUUUCACUACGGUGGGCUAUUUAAGGGUUGCUUGUGUAAUUUUAUUUUCAGCCCAAUAAGCACAACUUUCAGUAUAUCGCUGUUGUCGGGAGAAAACCUCGUAUCUCCAAAAUGAUAACUUUACAAACAAAGUAAAGGGCAACAGGUAUUUUCAAAUUAUGUCAAAAACUGAAAAAUGAA